AUGAGCUCCUUUCGUUUACAAGCAGACCAUAUGCAAUCAGACGCAUCUUUGGUCACAAGCGUGCGAAAAGCAACAAGCGUUGAUGAAACAGCUCCAAAAAGAAAGCAUGUGCGUAGUUGCAUCGUUUUUACGUGGGAUCACCGCACCGCCAAACCAUUUUGGAUUGCCGUAAAAGUACAGCCAUUGUUCGCGAGCGAAAUACAAACUUUUAAGGCUUUGAUUACUGUGCAUCGAGUACUACAGGAAGGCCACAGAUCUGCGUUAAAGGAUUCGCAACCAGAAAGAGGAUGGCUUAAAACAUGUGCUCGUCAAUUCCCUGGAGGAGAAGGCAUGAAAGGGUAUAGUGGCUUGAUUCGAGAUUACGUUGACUACUUGUUGGACAAGCUUGCUUUUCACAAUCAGCAUCCUGAAUUCAAUGGAACUUUUGAGUAUAAGGAAUACAUUAGUCUUCGACAAGUUGAUGAUCCCAAUGAAGGUUAUGAAACAGUUUACGAUAUGAUGAAUCUCCAAGAUCAUAUUGACGAUUUUCAAAAACAAAUCUUUUCUUCCUUUAAGCGUUCGAGUAAGAAUGAAUGCCGGAUUUCUGCUUUGGUUCCCUUAGUUCAGGAAUCUUACGGCAUUUACCGUUUUUUAAUUAGUAUGCUGCGUGCAUUAUACAAGACGAUUGAUGCUGCUGAUACGUUGGAACCUUUGAAACAAAGGUAUAAAUCUCAACACCAUCGUCUUCGUCAAUUCUACGCAGAUUGCUCCAACCUUCGUUACCUUACUAGUUUGAUUUCUGUUCCUCGUCUUCCUCAUGAACCUCCAGAGUUGGAGGGUGACAAUCUUCCAGAGUUACCAAAGCGUCCUGCUUCCGUAGCUCCACAACCGACUGGUACAUCCUCCAUUGGCCCCCAGCAAACUGGCGGUUCUUCCCCAGUAGAAAUGAGCUUUCCCUCAGCCAGCGAUAUAGAACCUGUCCCUAGUUAUAAUGAACCUGAGUCCAUUCAAGACUUCUGGUCCGAACCAGCGUAUGACCAACAGAUUGCCGCACAGCAACAUUCUCUCGCUGCCCAACAAUCCGCUGAAAUGGAACGUCAACGUCUUGCUGCCCAACAGCAUCAGCAAGCCAUGGAGGCUAUUCAAAAAGCUCAGAUGGAUCAGCAACGAGUUGCUCAAGAACAAAUGCUUCAGCAACAGAUGCAAAUGCAAAGUCAAGGGCAACUUGCGGGUAUGGAACAGCAAGUCGCAGCCACUAGAGCUCAGUUGGAGCAAAGUAAUAUGCUUCUUCAUCAGUAUGAUGCUAGAGUAAGAGCAUUAGAAAACGAGUUAAACCAGUCUGGUCUUAAUAUACAGGAUCAAAUACAUCAAAAUGACGAUUUAAUUGAUUCUUUGAGAAGUCAAAUCAACACCUGGAAGAGCAAAUAUGAGGCACUAGCUAAGCUUUACACACAGCUGCGUCAAGAACAUUUGGAUCUGCUAACUAAAUACAAACAGCUUCAGCUUAAAGCAAAUUCUGCACAAGAAGCCAUUGAGAAGAAAGAACGAAUGGAACGUGAGAUUAAGAGUAAGAAUCUCGAACUUGCUGAUAUGAUCCUCGAACGUGAUCGUGCUCGCCAUGAAUUGGAUACGAUGCACCGUUCUCAGCGUGAUAAACAAAUGACCAAUGAGCGUGAACUACGCUUGCUACAAGAUAAAGCAAGAAAUCUCGAGAACAACAAGUCAUCGGAACUAUCGAAUUUAUUAAGCCGGUAUAAUAUUGAAGUUGCUCAGUUGGAAGAAAGUCUCCGUGUAAAAGAUCAGGAGUUGGAAGGUUUCCGUCGAGAAUUAAACAAUUCUGAAGCUCAAUAUCGCAAACUUUUACAAGAAAAAGAAGAGGAAGUGGAAAUUCAAAAGGCUGCCGUUGAUGAAUCUCUCUUGCAGUUAAAGAACCUCCAACUGGAUCGCAGCGAUGUUGACCAAGCUAUGGACUCACAGAUUGAUGAUUUGUUAAAGUCACAACUGGAAAAAUUGAGCGGCAUAGUUGACUCUGUGCUCUUCACUGGUAUUCAGCGUUUGGAUGCUAGUUUGCAUGAAUUGGAUUCUCCUAUGCAUGCAGGAAAUCAAUAUGCAACACCGGAAUUUGUCCUUUCCAUUAUUGAAAAUGCAGGUAACCGUUGUACGGAUUUUGCAACUGCAUUCAACAAUUAUUUUGCGGAUGGACCAAACGCUGAUCAUUCUGAAGUUAUAAACAGUGUCAAUUUCUUCUCAACAGCCAUGUCAGAGGUAUCUAAUAACUGUAAGGGUUUGAGUCGUUCUACUGGUGAUGAUCAAGGAUCUGAUCAAUUGGCAUCACAGACACGGAAAAUGAUUGAAUUAGCGAAACGCUUCUUGUCAAGCUUAUUUUCUCAGUCUACUGUAAAGAUGGAUGUUGAUCAAAAAACGGAUAUGGUCAUUAACGAAAAUGUAGAAAUACAGCAACGUUUGCAGCAGCUAUCUCAGUAUUCUGAAAAGUUCUUAAAUAAGGAAUCCGAAAGCGCGGUUGGCCUAUUAAGUGCAGGUGGUGACAAUAUUGAGGAAUUAGUAGACAAACAGUUGGCCGAGACAGCUAAUGCUAUUCAGAAUGCUAUUCUCAAAUUGCAAGGACUGGCUGCUCAACCAAAGAAUAUUAACUUGUCUCCUUCUGAAUUGCAAGUGCAUGAUUCCUUAUUGGCUGCUUCCAUCGCUAUAACUGAAGCGAUUGCUAGGUUGAUCAAAGCUGCCACUGCAUCUCAAGCGGAAAUUGUUGCCCAAGGUAAAGGAUCUAGCUCUAGAGGAGCAUUUUAUAAAAAACACAAUCGUUGGACAGAAGGACUUAUCUCUGCUGCUAAAGCUGUUGCUCGUGCUACUGUCACUUUGAUAGAGACUGCCGAUGGUGUUAUCAACGGUAAAGCUAGUUUCGAGCAUUUAAUUGUGGCAUCGAAUGGUGUAGCAGCAGCUACAGCUCAGUUGGUUGCUGCUUCACGAGUCAAGGCGAACUUUGCAUCCAAAACACAGGAUCAUUUAGAAGAAGCGGCUAAGGCCGUUACAGAUGCAUGUAAGGCUUUAGUAAGACAAGUCGAGACCAUGGCAUUGCGUUCGAAGGAAAUGGAGCACGAGGAUUUCUCUAGUCUCGGUGUUCACGAUUAUCGCCGUCAAGAGAUGGAGCAGCAAGUGCAAAUCCUGAAAAUAGAAAAUGAGCUGGUUGGAGCUCGUCGCCGUCUUUUCGAUAUGAGAAAAACUUCGUACCAUGUCUCUGAGGAGUAA